CACCGCCAUAAUUAAGUAAAUAACCAGGUACGUUGCUAAAAACCCUAACCUCCAAAAUCGUCUUCUUCAAUUUCAUACAAGCGAAGUCGCAUUGUCCGUAGAGCACCAGCUAUUCUCAAUGAGGCCGAUUCUGCUGAAAGGACACGAGAGGCCCUUGACUUUCAUCAAGUACAACAAGGACGGAGACCUCCUCUUCUCCUGCGCCAAAGACCACAACCCUAACGUUUGGUUCGCCGACAACGGCGAGCGCCUCGGCACCUACGUCGGCCACAACGGCGCCGUUUGGUGCUGCGACGUCUCCAGAGACUCCUCGCGCCUCAUCACCGGCAGCGGGGACUCCACUGCCAAGCUCUGGAAUGUUCGGACCGGCGAGCAGCUAUUCUCCUUCGACUUCAAAUGUCCGGCGAGAUCCGUCGAGUUCUCCGUCGGGGAUCGCCUCGCCGUCAUUACUACUGAUCCCUUCAUGGGAGUUCCUUCUGCGAUUCACGUCAAACGCAUCGCUAAGGACCACGCCGAUCAGACUGGUGAGUCCCUUCUGACACUGAAUGGGCACCAAGGAAAGAUAAACAGAGCUGUAUGGGGGCCUUUGAACAAAACUAUCAUUAGCGUUGGAGAAGAUUUUGUGAUUCGUAUUUGGGAUUCUGAGACUGGGAAAUUACUCAAAAAGAACGAGGCGGCGAUUGGUCACAAGGAGGAGAUAAAAUCACUAGUAAAAUCUAAGGAUGGUUCUCACUUUCUAACUGGUUCCCGAGAUAGAUCUGCCAAGCUCUGGAAUACUAGAACAUUAACUCUUAUCAAGACCUACGUGACACAGCCUCCCAUCAACGCAGUUGCAAUGUCUCCUCUGCUUGAUCAUGUCGUGCUUGGUGGUGGCCAGGAUGCCACUAAAGUCACCACGACUGAUCAUCGCGCAGGGCAUUUUGAGGCCAAAUUCUUUGACAAGGUUCUUGAAAAGGAGAUUGGAACUGUUAAAGGGCAUUUCUCACCUAUUAAUGCUUUGGACUUCAAUCCUGAUGGUAACAGUUUCUCAACCGGAGGUGAGGAUGGUUAUGUACGUAUAAAUCAUUUUGACCAGGAGUACUUCAGAAUCAAGGUUUAGGCUUGCAGUUUAGUUUGAUAUUAUAUCAUUUCGAGCGAUCAAUGUGCCAGCCAGAAGCGUUUUCUGUUCCUUUACAUAUUGAUCAGCUCUACUGUUGUAGUACAGGCUAUUAAACCAUGUCCUGUGGUUGCUUGUUGAUGUUAAAAAGAAAACAUCUCUGUAGUGGUUUUUUUUCCCUUCUAUAUGUGAGACAAUUAUGGUCAGCCUCCUUGUUGAA